UCUGGCAUGGCUGCUGCAACAGCUGCUCGACAAGCAGACUGAAGGCCAGUGGGGCGAUGUGACAGAUAGCGACACAGUCAGGCAGCGUUGAUGGUCGGUGGAGCGGAGUCUGUGAAUUGUUGAGUGCUGCCCGUCCAUGGUGUUGGUGUCAAACCCGGGGUUUCUGCCUCUCUAAGGGAGUUCAGAGGCGCGAGGAGCACCAUGGCAGUGUGGAUCCAAGCGCAGCAGUUGCAGGGCGAGUUAUUGCACCAGAUGCAGGCGCUCUACGGCCAACACUUCCCCAUUGAGGUGCGACACUACCUGGCCCAGUGGAUUGAGAGCCAGCUCUGGGACUCUGUUGAGUUGGACAAUCCAGGAGAGGAGGCCAAGGCCAAACGACUGUUGGACAAUCUGGUGGCUGAGCUGCAGAAGAAAGCCCAGCACCAGGUAGGAGAGGAUGGCUUCCUGCUAAAGAUUAAGUUGGGUCACUACGCCAGCCAGCUCAAGAGCACAUAUGACCGCUGUCCUCUGGAACUGGUACGCUGCAUCAAACACAUUCUGCACUCAGAGCAGAGGCUGGUGCAGGAAGCUACAAAUGCCAGCUGUGGGAGUCCUGGGCAGGCCAUGGACAGCCUAUCGCAGCGCCACCAGCAGAUCAACCAGGCCUUCGAGGAACUGCGCUUGGCCACGCAGGAGACAGAGAAUGAACUGCGCAAGCUGCAGCACAGCCAGGAGUACUUCAUUAUCCAAUACCAGGAGAACCUACGUAUUCAGGCCCAGAUUAGCAGUUUGGCAUCAUUGCCCCUUGCAGAGCGCACACAGAAGGAGACCACCCUGCAGUGCAAAAGGGCCACUGUGGAGGCCUGGCUUGCCAGAGAAGCAAGCACUCUACAGAAGUACAGGCUGGACCUGUCUGAGCAGCACCAGAAGAGCCUGGUCCUGCUUAGAAAGCAGCAGACUCUGAUCCUGGAUGAGGAGCUGAUCCAAUGGAAGAGGAGGCAGCAACUGGCCGGUAACGGGGGGCCGCCUGAGGGGGGGCUGGAUGUCCUCCAGUCCUGGUGUGAGAGACUGGCAGACCUGAUCUGGCAGAACAGGCAGCAGAUCAGACGUUGUGAACACCUGACCCAACAGCUGCCCCUGCCGGGACCCAUGGAGGAAUUGCUGAGCAAGCUCAAUGGAGACAUCACUGACAUCAUCUCUGCCCUGGUUACCAGUACCUUCAUCAUUGAGAAGCAGCCACCCCAGGUCCUGAAGACCCAGACGAAGUUUGCGGCCACGGUGCGCUUGCUAGUGGGUGGGAAGCUCAACGUGCACAUGAACCCACCCCAGGUCAAGGCCGUCAUUGUCAGCGAGCAACAAGCCAAGGCUUUGCUCAAGAACGAGAGUACACGCAAUGACAGCAGUGGAGAGAUCCUCAACAACAAUUGUGUAAUGGAGUACCACCAGGCCACAGGGACCCUCAGUGCACACUUCCGCAACAUGUCACUGAAGCGGAUCAAGCGGUCAGAUCGUCGUGGUGCGGAGUCUGUGACAGAGGAGAAGUUCACGGUCCUGUUUGAGUCCCAGUUCAGCGUUGGAGGCAAUGAGCUGGUCUUCCAUGUCAAAACAUUAUCGCUGCCUGUGGUGGUGAUUGUCCAUGGAAGUCAAGACAACAACGCCACGGCGACUGUCCUCUGGGACAACGCUUUUGCUGAGCCGGGCAGGGUGCCGUUCAUUGUGCCGGACAAGGUGCUGUGGCCUCAGCUGUGUGAGGCCCUAGACAUGAAGUACAAGGCAGAGAUGCACAGUGGUCGUGGACUGUCGGAGGACAACCUGGUCUUUCUGGCACAAAAGGCCUUCAGCAGCAGCAGUAACAACCCAGAGGAUUACCGAAGCAUGACAAUAUCUUGGGCUCAGUUUAACAGGGAGAGCUUGCCUGGACGCAACUUCACCUUCUGGCAGUGGUUCGAUGGGGUGGUGGAGCUCAUGAAGAAACACCUCAAACCCCACUGGAAUGAUGGGGCCAUCAUUGGCUUUGUAAACAAACAGCAGGCUCAAGACAUGCUGCUGUCCAAACCUAACGGCACCUUCCUAUUGCGCUUCAGUGACUCUGAGAUAGGAGGCAUCACAAUCGCGUGGGUGGCAGAGAAUCCUAACAAAGCAGGCGAGAGAUUGGUAUGGAACUUGUUGCCAUACACUACCAAGGACUUCUCCAUCCGCUCUCUGGCUGACCGCAUCAGCGACCUGAACCACCUGCUCUUUCUCUACCCCGACCGGCCCAAGGAUGAGGUCUUUGCCAAGUACUACACCCCGCCACUCUCAAAAGCAGUGGAUGGCUAUGUAAAACCGCAGAUCAAGCAAGUUGUGCCAGAGUUCACCACACCCAACCCAGAACCUGUUGGAGGAAACCCCAUGUACAUCGACCAGGCGGCCUCCCCUUCUGUUGGUCACUCAAACAACUUUGCUAUUUACCCGCCAAUGAGCGACACCAUGUUGGACACAGAGGGUGACUUUGAUCUGGAGGACACCAUGGAUGUGGCACGCCACGUAGAGGAGCUCUUGCGACGGCCUAUGGCCAACCAGUGGAAUAGUCAGCAGUCCUGAACCUGGAUCAGCUUGACUCUCCAGACUUUUUCUUAACUAGACAACGAACAAGAGCAACCCCCUGCACAACCCUCCAUGCUUGUAACCCCUCUUGGUCUGCAACCUGGGCAGAAAAUGUACUUGGUUUUGUGUGGAAGCCAAAUAUAGAUAUAUCUCAGCAGUCACCUGGCACUUUCAUUGUUUAACCAGCCAACUAGAUUUUAAAAAAAUGAACAAUACAUAUAAUGAAGGUUACACAGGGUAACCUAAGUUCUAUGACCGUAGGCAGAGCUGUCUUAUUCUACUUUAUGGCUCCAACUUAUUGCCUUGUCCCUGUGUGCAAAGCACACUCGCACUGAAAUUUUGCAACAUGGACCAUCCUACUGGGAACCGCCCACCCUUUGGCCAAUAUUGGCCCAGUGAAGCCACUGCUAUUUCUUCCAACAGCUUUCAUUCACAUUACUGGUCACACCAGCGGGGGGCAGGCCAGAUGGCUGUGGUCAUAGAACUAGUGUUACCCUGUGUAACCAGUGUUACCCUCUGUAAUCAUUCUAUUUCAUGUAGGCUCUGCUGUCUGGCUCCACUUUAUGGGCUAAAUUAGAGCAGCUAGCAAAGCCCAGGUGGAUGUACCUUUGCUGGACUCAAAAAAUACCCAAAAUAGUCCACCUCCACACUAAGCAUAUUGCGAGAUAAGCGAUAUUGAUGAGGAUUUACAUACACUGCCACAUUCCUUAUGCUCAGUGCAAUGAAUGGACCAUAACCCUUCACACAGACAGCUAUCCAAACGCAUGAACAGUUGUAGAGUAAGGGUGCACCUGAACCACACCAUUCCCCACAUCUGCAGGGGGAAGAGUAGGGUCAUAGUUCUAGGUGUCCGAGAUGAAGAGGCUCUGAGUACCCAGUUAGAAGGUAGAUAGAAGGUAACCUACAACAACAUUCACACUUCAUAAGCGUUGCCCAAGCUCACGACUGGACAUGUAGGACAUCAUCCACAAAAUGUCAGAAAAGCAUAGGGACCCAGCAUGAAUGUGAUCAAGUUAUGUAAAUAAGAACAAUAGCCUCUGGAUCUGCUAACAUGCCAAAUACACCUAUCCUGAGGCACCAGGAAAACCACAAUGGGCGGUAGGGCCAGAUUGCCAAGUCACAAAUCGUAACUGAACCUUGGAAGGCCUUACUUCCCAGGUGGGGAAAGUGCUAACAAGAAUUCCUUGUUUGUAGGGCAGCAUGAGAGAGUGAAGUUACUGUUGGAGAGGAACAAAAUGCAGCCAAGCAUAUGCCCUCCACCAAUACCCCAUUGAGGAGAGCGGAAGAAGCUGCCCCCCUCCAGGUGAAAUGCACUCGAACUCCUAUCUGAUGUGUUUGACCGCAGACUGGGCAGAGUCUAGUAUAGGGAAACAGGGAAAUUAUAGGGAAAUGCGAGUGUGCUUUGCACACAGCAACAAAUCCAUAAGGUGGAGCCAGAGCAGAGCCUAACAGAGAGGAGUCCAAACAUAUAACCAAUAAUGAUCAUAUUUCUAGAAAUUGGUGGUAGCUGGUGUCAAUAUUCCAUCUUGUCUUGAACCAGAAGUGGCCAUUUGUGUCUUUUAGGGCCGAAGUGUGGCCAGUUUGGUCACUCAAUGCAAUG